AAUGAGGCAUCUAAGUAACAUCAGCAAGAAACUACUAGGAAUAAUUGACAACCAAAUUAACCCUAUGAAUGAAGUAUGGAUAGGGGAUAUAAAUAAGAAACAUCAGGAGAAUAAAUGUCGAGUAAUAGUCAAAAAGCUAAAUAUAAGCAUUGAACAUCGAUCUGGUGAAAAGUUUACAGAGUGGACACCAUGGGUUUAUUCCAACGCAAGUCAUUUACAAAGGAAAAAAUUUUGCCUAAUUUCUGAUGUCUGCCAAGAUGAUAACCAAAUUGAGAUAAAGAAUAGAAUUGACUAUAAUAUAAAACUCCUUAAUUUACAUAAGGGCAGACAGCAUAAAAGUCCGACCCUGGGAAAUCGAGCUAGAGAUUAUGGUAUUGAUAGAAUUGAAAUUAAUCUUUCUGCUCCCCCAAUCAUUGAUAAUCCAACAAUUAUAUAUACUGAUUCUGGCAUAAUAUACUCCACCAGCACAUUAUUUACUGAUGUAUGGUCAAUAGAUCACUCUAUUAGACUAAAAUCUGCCGGAUUUGCGAGGAAAUUUUGCUCUAAAAACACAUUAAGAGGUACAAUUUGUGGAACUCCGUUGUUCCGUUGGAAUGGUAUGGAAGGACCUAUUUGCAUAUCAAAAUCUGGACUAAUUUCGGACCUUUUCAUAAGAUCUAUAUGCGCAACUUUCCAAGCAAGUAAGGGGGAUUACUUUUUUAUUGAUAAUGACCAGUUUCCAGUUUUUACUGCCCCGUCUGUUGGUAAUUUUUCACAUCCAUAUUAUUAUUUCGAAUUACCCUUUGAUAAGGGAAAAUGUUUAUUGGAUGGUACUAUCACCUUGGCUGUAAUCUGUUCCGUUCCGCGGCCUCUACCUCAUUUUGAAGUUAAUCAAUUAGGUGGUUAUAAGUUUGAAUUAUAUAGGCCGGGUAUGUGGGAAAAAUGGAGCUAUUCUUGUAUGUUCUAUAAAGUUCUUAGAGGUCAAACUAUAGGCUUUAUGGAGGAUGGUGUAUGUUUGGAGAAAUGCGCCAAUGACUCAGAUUGCGUGACUGUUGCUUUGACCAAGAAAAUGGGUCAAAAAUUUCGAAAAUGCCAAAUAUCAAAUGUAUACUGUGAUGUAAACAAAACAGACAACUGGAUUCCCCAAUCAAUUCACGAAUACAUUUAUGUUAAAACUUCACCGUUUUGUAAAGAAGCCCUAAAUAUUAAUAAAGCUUUGACUGCUUACUUUGAAGAAACUUCCGGCCUGUGCUAUUUUAUCCUCUUGAAAAGAAAGGGUAACGAAUUGAAUAAAGCCUGUUCUAAGUUUGGAACAUUUGUUGCGAGAGUCUCAAAUAUAACAAUAGAAUCGCUGACUAAGGAUAAAAUUUGGCUUGGGAUUGUGAAAAAAGGUGAGAAAUUAGGAUGGAUGGAUGACGAGAAAUGGUCAACUAACUAUGGAAUACCUGACGUAGAGUUUUCUAUUAAUACCACUGCUAAAACAAUUGCUAGCACUAACAAUACAAAUAGUAAGGAAUGUUUUAUCGGUGAGAAUGGUUCUAUAUUCCCUGUUGAUUGUAAUGAAAUUCACGAUGUUGUUUGUGUAUAUCCUUUGUUUGGAGAGUGGGGCAAAUGGUCAAGCUGGUCAUACGCAAAGGGAACAAGGUCAAGGAACAAAAUGUGUGAUUCCCCUAAACCUCUUAUCAACAACAUUCCUAGCGUACUUCGUCAAAAGUAUAGAGAUAGUAUUGUUCGCGGAUGUUUGUCGAAGAUGAAAGAGAGUGUGGAAGAAAUUAAUGUAAUAGGAGACGAAUUAGCUAUUAUGGAAUCGAAAGAUAUAAGGAUUAGCGAUUCUAAAUCGAAACUUUACGAUUACGACAAAUCGGAUCAAAUUCCUAGGAAAAUAUGUUUUGAAAUUGUAGAUUAUUCCACGGGAUUUGAAGAAUGUCAGGAACUUUGUACGAAAUCUUCCGAUUGCACUGCGUUUGUUCAUUCGCCAAACGGGAAAAGUGGAUGCGCAAUAGAUUUGAUAAACUGUCAAAGAAAUAAGAUUUCAAUAAAUUCAAAGGAAGUCUAUCUAAAAUCAGCAUUAUUUUGUAAAAAUAUCGAAGCAAAUAUUCCACAAAGGUGGUUGUAUGAUAAUAUAUCAGAUACAUGUUUUACAAUAAUAGGCUUUACAACGGCAAAUGAAGCUUUUCAUAAAUGUCAUCAGCUUAAGAGUCAUUUAUUAAAAUUAGACUAUAGAAAUGAUAUUACGUCUUCUUUUCAAGACAAUAUAUUUCGUUUUAUAAAAGGUGAAGAUGUUUGGCUAGGUCUGAGGAAAACGCAAAUUAAUGGUACAUUUAAAUGGCAGAGUAAAUUUUGGCCUGAUUAUUUUACCUUUGAUUCAACUUCGGUCCUUCAACUUUCAGGUAAUAUAAGCGAUAUCUUUGUUCAACGCAUAUUUGUUCAAAAAUAUUUACCUUCUUUUGUUAAGGUAAACAUUAUCCCAAUGCUAAAUCUACUGCUGUAGAUUUUUUAAAAUUAUCAAUGGAAAUCAUUUCUAAUUUAUAAUUGUAGUACACUGUAUAAACGAACUACUUUUCCCCCACGUUACCAUUCCUCACAAUCACUCUUAGCUUAUUUUUGAAGAAUAUCAAACGACAUUUGUAACAAUUAUAUUAUUCAGUAUAAUAAUACUAAUUUCUUUUAUAUAGAAUUCGAAAAUCAUUGUGUUUAUGCUGUAGUUGUCCCGAAAAGAAAGAAAUUAAUUUAUUUUUCUACGUCAUGCUCCACAAAAACUGCUCUAUCCAUUUGCUGGAGACCCUACAAAGGCAUUUGGACUACGUGGGAUGAAUGGAAAUCUUGUACGAGGGAUUUUCGUUGUUUAUACUCCGGUCAGGAGUUCAGGGAACGAAGUUGCGCAACAACGCCAAUAUCAUUCGGCAAUAGCAGUUGUAUAGGUGCCAAUUUUCAAUUAAGAGGCGAUAGACCAAGUUGGAACAAAACCUUUUGGUCAAUAGCACUUCCUCUCUGGUUUAUAUCGAUUGUGAUAGUUUGUAUUUGUUUAUCUGUUAGGAGAAAGGGACAGGAUGUUGUAAGAUAUACACCUAGCUUAAAAACAUCAUCAAACGCUCUGACACCGAAAUCACUGAAUCGUUUUCAAACUGGCCGUAUUACCGGCCUCUCGAAUACAACUGGCCUACCCGAUUCGGAUGAGAACAAACUAUCGAUUAUCAAUAAGAGAAAAUCGAAAAGUAGAAAAAGUGUUGACUGUCCAAGUUUGACCGAUUCCUGUACAAACUGAACUGUCAAUCGAAUAAGGUGUGAAUAAGAAAUAAGAGUUUUACAAACUAUAAUCGAAGAAUGUACUUAAAAAUCUUGCAAAGACUAUGUAAAAUACUCUCUAACUUUCUUUCCUUUAUUUCUUAUAAAGAACAAACAAUGAAACUAUUGUUUUCUUCUAAAAGAAUUUAAUAAGUACUCGUACGGUAAAAUAAAACUGUAAUCUAGACAUAAAGCUUCAUUUUUCUUCUGUGGUUGUCCUCAUAAUCAGAAAGUAAGGUUGGAGAAUUGGUCUCAAUAAUAGACCUUAUUUACUUUGUAUUAUAAUUUCCACUUUAUGUGUAUAGAGUAUUUAAAUAUAUACACUAUAUAUUUUAUUUCAAGUGCUACGAUUUUGAUCGAUUCAAGAAAAAUCUAAAGUUUAAUCUACAAGAACACGUAGCAUAUAUUAAAGGAUGAAUGAACUAAAUUUAGAGCAUAAUUAUCGCAUUUCAUUAUCUUUUUCAAACUAGUUUUUUUUUCAACGACAUUGGAAUGUUCUCCUAUUACUAGUCUUUUUCACUGGAAAACGUAAUCAAAUCUCUUAAAGAUUGUCAGUGAUUCAUUAUCGUCCAAAUUAAGUUCAAAAAUUGAACUUUGAAAUGCGGAGAGUAUAUAUUUAAAUCUUAAAAGAAAAUUUUAUAGCAUCUUUGUAGCUUUUCCGUACCUCCUUUAUUUUAUAUAUUCUCCAUCUAUUUAUCUAUGCAUUUAUGUAUCUAUUC